AUGGGUGUUUUUAAAAAAAAUAGAACGAAACAACAUAACUGUAUGGGAAGAAGUUUAAUGCGUAAUAAAUUGACGAAAAAAGAAAUUUCUGAAAAUAUUCUUUAUUCAAAGAUUGGAUGUGAUCAAGAAAAAAAUCUAAGUAAAAAAUGCUCUAUUUUAAAUAAAGAAUCAGUAGAUGAUUACUUAGAUAAUCAGUUGAUUAUCAAUAAUAUUGAAGUUACUAAAGUGUUUGUUCAAAAAAAUGAAAUUAAAGAAAAAAGAAAUUUUUUAAAUGAAAAUAAAAAUGUAAAUGUUCAACAUAUUGUUUUACCUAUUCCUGGAAGAGCUCUAUUUUUAAGUAGAGAAGAUAAAAUCAAUUUAAUUAUUAAUGAAAGAGAAAACACAAAUAUAAAAAAGAAAAAAAAAAAAAAUGUAAAAAAAAUUACUUUUUUAAUGAGUGGAAAGAACAUUGUACCAAUUAAUGUGUGCAUCCCAAAAAAAGAAGAAUCAAAAAAACAAAAAAUAAAAAGUUUAAAAAAAAGUUUGAAAUAUAAGAGAAAUGAAGAAAAAAAAAUUAAAAAUAAUAAUUAUUCAGUGGAAAAUCAUAACGAUAUUCUAGAAGAAAAUGAAAAUAAGAGAGAAACAUAUGAAAAUGAAGAAAUUGAAUCAGAAAAUGAAAAAGAUAUAGAUGAAAAUGAAGAAAUUGAAUCAGAAAAUGAAAAAGAUAUAGAUGAUAAUGAAGAAAUUGAAUCAGAAAAUGAAAAAGAUAUGAAUGAUAAUGAAGAAAUCGAAUCAGAAAAUGAAUCAUGGAAUAAAAUAAUAGAAGAUGAAAAUGAAAAGAAUGAACUAAGAUAUGUACAAAGUGAAGGAGGAAUAGAAAAAAAAAAAUAUGAUAAUGAAAUAAGUGGUGAAUAUAUAUGCGGAAAUUUUUUAAAUAAAAAAUCAGAACAUGGGGAAUAUAAAGAUGAAGAUAGUAAUUUAUUGAAUAAUUCGGACAUGAAUAAAAAUAAUUUAAGUUAUGAUUUUAAAUAUGUUUAUAUGUAUGAAGAGUUAGGAAAAAAAUAUAGAGAAAAUAACUCGAAAACUAAUUUAAGUAAAGAAAAUGUGGAGAAGUAUGAAAUGGAAUAUUUUGUAGAAUGGAGAAAACUAUUAAGUGAUAUUGAGGAAAGAGAAGGAUAUAUCGUAACUCCUUAUGAGAAAAAUAUUGAAUAUUGGAAACAACUAUGGAGGGUUAUAGAAAAAAGUCAUGUUUUAUUUUAUAUUAUUGAUGCUAGAAAUCCUUUAUUUUUUUAUUGUAAAGGAUUAGAAUACUAUGUAAAGAAAGUAGAUUAUAGAAAAAAAAUUAUUAUAAUCUUAAAUAAAGCUGAUUUUUUAAAUUUUGAACAAAGAAAAAUAUGGGCAAAUUAUUUUGAGGAAAGAAAUGUUCAAUUUGUUUUUUUUUCUGCAUUAAGAGAGUUAUAUCAUCAAAAUAAAAUAGUGAUUGAAAAUUAUUCUGAGAUAGAUUAUAAUAAAGACAAGAAUAAACAUGAUACUAUAUUCAAAAGAGAAAAUCCUAUUGAAAACGAUAACUACAUUGAAAAUAUUAAAACAAAUAUUGAAGAUAAUAAUAUAUCAAAAAAUAAAAAAAAAGAUGAAAAUAUUAAUGAUGAUAAAAAAAAUAUAAUUAAUGUAGGUUUUGGUAAUUUAAGUUAUGAAACAAAAAAAAAUGACAAUACAGAUAUAUUAAGUGUAGAUGAUUUAAUAAAUUUAAUUAAAAAAACUAAAUUAGAAAUCAUAAAUUUAUAUCAUGAAAUUGAAAUGGGAACAUUUACGACACCUAAUUAUAUGGUUGGUUUUAUUGGAUAUCCUAAUGUAGGAAAAAGUUCAAUUAUAAAUUGUUUAAUUGGUGAAAAAAAAGUUAGUGUAAGUCGUCAACCAGGAAAAACAAAACAUUUUCAAACAAUUUUUCUAAAAAAUUUGCAUUUUUCAUUAUGUGAUUGUCCGGGUUUAAUAUUUCCUUCUCUUGUAUUUAGCAAAUAUGAUUUAGUUAUCAAUGGAGUAUUUUCAAUUGAUCAUUAUAAAGGUGACUUUAUUGAUAUUGUUCAAAUCCUUUGCAAUAUAAUACCUAUACAACUAUGUGAUUACUACAAAAUUAGUAAUAAUAUUAUUCAUGAAGUAAAGAAUGAAAAACAGGAAAAGAUUUUCUUUUUAGAUGCAACUGAAUUUUUACAUGCCUUUUGUACAUCUAGAAAAUAUGUAUCAGGAGGAAAAGGGGGGUUACUCAAUUUUAACUUUGCAACUCGAUUAAUAGUUCGUGAUUUCAUAAGUGGUAAACUUAUAUACAUUUUCCUACCUUCCUAUUUCAUGAACAAUUCUAAUAUUUAUCAGAAAAAGGAAUUACAAGAUGACAUAUACUCUAUUAAACAAAUAGAAGAAGAAUUGCUAAAUGAUCAGAAUACAACCGAAGAGAUUGCAGUAACAAAAAGAAAAUUUCGUUAUAUGCAAAAGAAAAUGAUUAAAGGAAAAAAUGUUAUGAAAUAUUCUAUUAAUUAA